CAAUUUCAAUUUGAAUAUUAACAAUAUUCAUCCUUUUAAGGAAAAAAAAUAAUAAUUUCCUUAAAAUCAGAUUACACUAAUCAAAUUAUUUAAAAUUUGGAACCUAAAUUAUGAAAGUUCUUAAUUUGACUACAUUGAUAAUUCUUGUUUAACAACUAUAAAAGCCACACAUCUCUUCAAGUUUUAUAUAUUCUACUCCAAAAGAAAAUAUUCUUUUUGUUCAAGUAUCAAAUAUGGCUAGAAAAAGGCUCAGAGAUGCUAGGAACUACAGUGAAAAUGUGAGAAACUCCAUCUUAGAUCUAAGAGAAACAAGUUUGUUCAAGAAAGCCGAAGAGCUUUCUAUCUUGUGUGACAUAGAAGUCGCCAUAAUUAUUUUUAGGCCAGGAAAAAUCCAACCUAUUGCUUGGAAAUCCGCAAGUCUGGCUCAGGAUGUCUUGACGAGGUAUUUAAGCUUUGUUGAGUUCAAAAGGCUUGAAAAGUUGGUCACACAUGAAGAAUAUCUUCAAAAGAAAGUUGAUAAAAAAGAAGAACAAAUUAGCAAAUUACAGAAACUGAAUGAGGCAAAAGAAAUGGAAAUCCUCUUCAACGAACUAGUGGAGGGAAAAAGUAUUAAUGAACUUGAUGCUAGAGAAAUGAAAGGUUUGCUAAAGGUGUUUGCUGCAAAAAUGGCUAAACUUGAUGAAAGAAAGAAAGAACUAAACCAGCCUCCAAAUCCUCCGUCCAACAAAGAAAACAUUACCUUAUCAGCAAAUCCAAUGGAAGAGUCAUUCAAUGACCCGGUGUUUAUUCAUACUAUAGCUACAUUAGGGGAUGGAAGCGGUAUAGAGCCUGCACCUAAAGAAGGCAAUGACGUCAAUGUUGAAGAUGAUGGACAUUACAAGGACCUCGAUUGAGAAUGUAAUAAUUAUAAUGUUCUAUCAUUGUUUCUGCAUGUUCUCUUUUCAUAGUGUGUGUCUUACUUUGUUGCAUUUUUCUUUUCAUUUCAUGUUAUUGUACUUUUAUUUCAAUCAUUUAUGAAUGUUAUUCUAUUUUGUUGGAAAAAUGAACUAAUAUUGUUCGAUUAAUAAGUUAUUUUUGUCAAAAUUUCGGACUAAGUUGAAUAUUUAUUUUUAGUCGUAUAUAUUUUAUUUCUCUUAAGUUUAGCAACCUAUGUUAUUUGAUACAAAAGAUACUUCAUGUGUGUUAAUAUUUAGGAAUAUCUACCCUGUAUAUUGUAUCCUAUUAAAAUCCAUCAAAGAAAAGCCUCAAAUUCAAUAAACUUCCCAACAUCACAAAUUUUGUUUAUAGUAUAUAAUCAGUGCAUACAUGAUGAAUGAAUAAUCACUAUAUAAUUAGUAUAUCUCCAUUUACAAUGUA